AUGGCUCCCGCGCCGCCCCCAUUUGGAUCGCAAGAGUACUGGAAUAAGCGUUUCACUGACAAUCCAAAGCCUUUCGAGUGGCUGGAGGCGCCUGACGCUUUAGAUCCGUAUAUUGUCGAUGCUUUGAAUAAAAGCAAAGAUCCAAACCCACAGUUGCUACACAUCGGGUGCGGGACGUCUCUACUUUCGUAUCAUCUGCGCGCGCAUGUUGAAAAGCCCCAACAGAUACACAAUCUAGACUACUCAGAUGUCGCUAUAAAGUUGGGAAGGGGUCUAGAAGUCGAAAUCUUCAGAUCAGAAGUCGUAGCUUCUGAUCAAAGCUUAGAAACCUUUAAUCACUCCUCGGACGGAACUAGAGUUAAGUCUAGUCAGGCUGCGAUCGAGUCGGUAAAGGAAGAGCGACCAGCUGGAGAUCCUGAAUCGUCCUUAAUGAGGUGGUCGUCCGCCGAUCUCUUAAAUCACACCUCGAUCCUUCAAGCAUGCACCGCAUUCACAAACCAUGCAUCGAAUCAUCCGGUUGGGAUCGAAGAAGAUUUCGGCAAUAAGCUGAGCUUGGAUGAGAAUCUGGACGACAUCCCGAAGAAAAUCGCUGAUAACGGCUUUCCGGUUCCUAGCACACUAUGGACACUGGUUGGGAAAUUCAAUAUAGAACCUCAGGCGACACCAGAGACCGUGAACGGCAACGGAACAACGCAUCGACCCAAAGUACUGCAUUGGAUAUACGUUCUAGAACGGACAAAUGUGCCACUCUUUAUUCGGCCAUGA